AUGGGGGAGGAUGCUCGACAUCGCAGGAAUGAUCGAACCAGCUCGGCUAUGGAGCCGGCCCUCGAUCGCCAUAACACCGGCCGAGAUCCAGCAAGUCACCGUAGGGCGGAGAGAACACAGGUUGAAAGAGAGGGUCACGUCGAGGCGGUCAAAGUUCCAACCAAAAUGCCGUUCCGCCAGAAUCUCUUCGGAGAGAACGCAUCCCCGGCGAAGCCCGACUCAUAUGGACCUGAGAUUCGGCUCGAAUCGACCCAAAAUUGGGUCCGGAAGGAGUCUCUCUCUACUGGAGAGGAGAAGCGCCUGGGAAAGCGUCCAGUCGGAGGCAAGGUGGGAGAGCCUUCCGCAGAUGCUCCGGUGAUGCAGCAGGCUCAUGAAAAGCGAUGGUGUGCUCCAAAUCGACAGAAGUCAGAGAAAGAAUCUUUGGCAGAGGAGGAGAAGAGUUUCGCCAGAGCCGGGUGGUGUAAGGCGUCGGUCGCAGAGGCCAGGGCAGUAAAUGAAGCGAGCCUUUGGAACAAGGUGAAUCCGACAGCGACAGCGACGGCGCUGGUGAUAGCUCAGAAGGCGAAUUGCACGGCUGAGGUUUGUGUACAGGGAGAGAGAGAUGGGCCCGAUUUGGGCCUUGAUGGGGUCAUUUCCCCUCUCAAAGAAAUGGUUAAGGCCCCAAAAGGCAUAAGACAGAGGAUUAAGCCCAAUUCUGGAAAACAUGACUCACCUGGGAAACGGCCCACUAAUCCGUUAUGA